AAACAACAACAAAAUAUCGAUAUUGUAAAUUGUAAUAAAAUAAUGUAUUGUUGCCUGUUGGGUUGAUGAAGAAUCAAGAAAUAGGUAUGGAGAAAUUUAAGAAACUAUUCCGAGCAUAAUAUGUAGAUAAUCGAUAUCCUUAACUUAGGAUUGAAUGACUUUAUAAGCAUCGCUUCAAGUUAAAAAUAUGGCUCAAGUCGAUCAACCAGUGUUUAUACUUCCAAAAAAACGUAGCGAAAAGAGGCAAAAUUUUUUAGCAGGUCAAGUUGAUCAUAUAAUAACUGUUCAGGGUGCGGAUGACUAUGAACUGCAACCAAAGUACAAAAAUGGUUUAUCACCAGUUUCUGAGCAUGUUGCAAAUGGAGUUAUUCAUUCAACCAUGGAGGGUCUUAAGUCCAAUAUGAAAAUAAAUCUACCAAUUAUUAAUGAUGAAGAAGUUUGUGAGCCCACUGAUUCUGAUCCACCUAUGGUUCUAAAAAAUGGUUAUCAACCAAUAUCAAACCUCAACAAUAGUCGUGAGAUUGUUGACUUAUCACCAAUAUAUGAGAACUCUUCUGAUGCAUGCUCCAGUCAUGGUGAUAUAAGGGAGGACAGUGAACUACAGAAAAGCUGUAAAAUGCUUAAUGAUAACUAUGAAAGUACAUGCCCAACACCAAAUAGUCUAUCACACACACAUUCUGAAAACAGUUUUGAAAUGGGGCCCAUGAAUGAUAGCCUCAAAAACAUUGCUAAACGUAAAAAAAGAGUUAAUAUUGUAUCCGAAACAGAAACUGAACACACAGAAACUGAAAUAACUGCCCUUCGUGUUGGCUCUGAGGCAUCACUUACUCCUGAUUGCUCACUUUCCGAAAGUAACUAUUUAACUAUGACAGGUACAAUCAAACGUGGAAAGAAAAAGGGUCAAAAUGUUGAUGUUAAGCUAAAUAUAUCUCGUGAAGAACUUGAAAUAAUUGAAGCUUCAAUUGUUGCUGAUGAAUAUAGCAAGAUGGAUGUUUCUAGAUGCUCUAUGUAUAACGGGCCACAUAUAUUUCUCUUCAGCUUGUUAUGUGUACCCUUUGUGGCAUGCAUCUCUGCUAUAUACUCAUUCUACAUAGGGACAUUGGCCUGGUAUAAUAUAUUUUCACAUGUUACUGAUGAGUUAAGCUGUAUAAAGAAAGCAUUCUUGGCACCAAUUGUGAUAUUGACAUAUCCAUUUUUGAUAGUAAUAUUUACUGUAGGCUUGGGUUUAUACGCAGGGAUUGUACAACUUACUUUUAGUGGAGGUAAUUGGUGGAAGGAUGUUUGCGACUUUGAAAAAGGUUUUUAUGGCUGGCUUUGUAAUGCAUUAGGGAUAUCUGAAUGUAGUCCAUAUGAAGUUGUUGUGCUUUUGGAUGUAAAGCCUUAAUUUACAAUACACAGGAUGCUGAGGAGUGAAAUAAGGUAAACUAGUUCAUACAAGCAUUAAUUAAAAAAACAUUACCACCGAACAGUAUAUUAUAACUAUUGAUAGAUAUUUAUUUGAACAAAAAUCCUUAUAUAUUUGAUCACUCAUGUAGAAACUAGUAAUUUUGGUUGUCAGCUACAGUUUAUUAUUGUCUUGUUUACUAUUAUUUUGAAGCUUGAUAAUAAUUGGUAAAAGGAAUCAACUGCACUUAACUAAAGACUAACAAAGUAUCAAGUUGUUUCAGUUGAAGCGACUUGGUCUGCUUAGUACCUAAAUUACUAUCAAAAUUAAACAAUCCCAAUAAAGAAUGUCACAGUUAUGACAAAAUUUGUGUGUUCAAAUAAUUAUUCAAAACAUUCCAUUGAAAGAAUUAUGAAAAUAAUCACGAGUUUAGUAGGAGACUAUAUAAAGAUACAUUAGGCAAAUAUAUUAGCGAAAUUAUUGUAGUACUGUUUAAACCAACAAUUGAUCUUAAAUGAAGAUUUGAUUAAAACACUACAAUUAAAUUUUUGUGAUCAAGAAAAUGAUUUGGGAAUUAAAGUUCGACAAUCGUGUGGUCCUCAAAGUUUAUUUAACUAGUUGAGUGGCUCAUAACUAAUGUUAUAAUGGGAGUAGUAAUCACCAACAAUCUAGUUACACCCAUUGAUGAUUGUAAAAAAAUUGGCACUAACACCAAGAGAUGUCUGUAUUGAUUUUUUAUUUACUCAAAUUCGGAAACUGAGUUAAGACUGAUUUGAACAUCUAAUUCCAUUAAUGUAAGGUUUCUAGUCAUUUUUUAUUAAUUAAUUUAUUUAAUCAUUUUUGUAAUUGAAAUUUACUUUUUUGUAAUUAAUUAAUUAAAAUAAUAAAUAAUCUAUUAAGGAACUUCAACUUAAACAUAGUACAUAUCAUUAUGGUUGCAUUCUGCUGGAUAUUUAUUUGAAUAAUUUUAUUACAAUCCUCAUGAUGUGAUGAAUGUUAUAUUUCUGAUGUUACAUGAGAAAAUAGGUAAUGGUGAUCACAUCCUAUGGUAUGUGACAUGACACACAACCUUAUUCUCUUAUUAAUAAUUAUUAUUUUCAUCUGUACAGUGGUGUAUCCAAAAGGGGCUAGAUGGAUUAACCCACCCUGCAUCUGACUACUGACAAAUUUAAAGUCAACUUGAUAAUUAUUAUUCUAAUUAGGCAAUCUUUUUACUAUCUUAGGGUAAGGUACAAUUGUCAUCAAUUAUCCUCAAUAAUCUUUUAUGUAUUGUUAACAUUCAAUUUCAAAGCCCACAUACCAACUCUGGUAGAUGGCAACUUAACCAUCAUUCAGGAAUUUGUAAGAAAUAACCUAAGUGAACUAUUUAUUUUAUUAAGGAAACUAAAUUUUGUGUUUCUUCAUUAUUAAUUUGUCAAAGCCCCUUGUGGAGUCAAGGUACACAUAAUGUCACUGUAGAAUGAAAACCUCUUAUGUCAAGGGAUUUACAGCCUUUUAAAUAAACUUGGUAUAAAGUUAUAACUAAUCAAAAACAAAGAAUAUGCAAAAUGUUAUAAUAUCAUUGACAACACUGUCAAUACAAUGGUAAGUAAUUAUGAAGUUUUCCGAAUGACAAGCAGUCUUACAAAUAAACACGGGAAACAUUAUAUGUCCGAAUUAACCAAUAGUAAGCAAAAUGUCUAAUUGUAAACAUUUUGCAUUUUCUUGGUGUAUGAUUAGUUAUAACUAUAUGCCAAUUUUAUUUGUAAGGCCGUUAAACUUUAAAAGAAAUUUAAAAAGUUGUUAUUUACGGCAGGAUUGCCUAAAUAGUUCAAUUAUUAAUGGUCUAUUGAAAUACAGUUUUCGCUCCAUUUUGUUUAUAGCAGGCAAGUGUGUGAUUUUUUUUCAUAAAAGGUAUUCAUUCUAGUGAUGAUAAAUUAAUAACAAUUAAUCAAAUUUUUGUUAUGAUUUAUUCAUCAUAAUAUAAUGUCAACUGAUAAGAGAUAUCCCAUGCAUAUUAUUGUACAAUUCAAAGGUUAUUAUUACAUAUUAUUUAUUAAUAAUAACCGCUUUGAUGCACAAAUUUGAACUGUGUUGCUAUUUUGUACUUUUAUAUUAGAUAUAUAUAAUAUCAAUUCUACUUCCCAUAUCAUCUUUAUACAAUUAUUAGCAAUUAACUGUGGAAACAGUAUUUGGAAGUGGAGUAAAUUCAUAUGAAGAAAAUAUAAUAUAGUAAAUUUGUUUUUGAUAUUCUAGCUAUUAGUAGUGUCAUAGAGGGAAUAGUUAACUUAUUGUUAGGUCCAAACUGUGUUCAGAGGCAUUCUUUAGGAGGACUAACAAUUAAGUUGAUGUUUAUAAAGAAACAGAUGCACGUAAAAGUAUUAAUACAAUUGAACUUUUAUCCAAUGUAUUCAAAUGCAAUUUUUAAAUGAAACAACAGUUAUAGUCCUGAAGAUAGAUGUACAUUUUUCAGUGUUAUCUUCUCUAUAUAACUUAUAGUAAUAUAAAAACAUAUUUUUUUGCAUUUGCUAAGCCAAGUGUAUUGACAUUAUAUAGCUUAUGCAAUAGUGUUAAGAUUUUCUAUUUAGGUUAAGUUUUGUAGUAAAUAUACACUGCAUAAUCAAAAUAUUAUAUUAUAGAAGACUGAUGUACUCUAGUCACUAUUGUGUCCAUUUUCUACAAAAUAUAAUAUUUUGCAAAAUAAA